CGCGCGGCUUCCCCCCCAUGGCUGGAAGCGGGGGCCACGGUCUCCGGGGGGCCUCUGGGCUUUGCUACCUUCUUGGCUCCCUGAUGGCUGGACUGCUCUGCCCGGAGACUGUUGCCUUCAAUCUGGACGUGAUGGGCGCCCUACGCAAGGAGGGAGAGCCGGGCAGCCUCUUUGGCUUCUCCGUGGCCCUGCAUAGGCAGUUGCACCCUCGACCCCAGAGCUGGCUGCUGGUGGGUGCUCCUCAGGCCCUGGCCCUGCCUGGGCAGCAGGCUAAUCGCACUGGAGGCCUCUUCGCCUGCCCCCUGAGCCUGGAGGAGACAGACUGUUACAGAGUGGACAUCGACCGGGGAGUGGAUGUGCAGAAGGAGAGCAAGGAGAACCAGUGGCUGGGAGUCAGUGUUCGGAGCCAGGGGCCUGGGGGCAAGAUUGUGACCUGUGCACAUCGGUACGAGGCUCGGCAGCGAGUGGACCAGGUCCUGGAGACGCGUGAUGUGAUCGGUCGCUGCUUUGUGCUCAGCCAGGACCUGGCCAUCCGGGAUGAGCUGGAUGGUGGGGAGUGGAAGUUCUGUGAGGGGCGCCCCCAGGGCCAUGACCAGUUUGGGUUCUGCCAGCAGGGCACUGCUGCCGCCUUCUCCCCCGACAACCACUACGUCCUCUUUGGGGCCCCGGGAACUUAUAACUGGAAGGGCACGGCCAGGGUGGAGCUCUGUGCGCAGGGCUCAGCGGACCUGGCCCACCUGGACGACGGGCCCUACGAGGCGGGGGGCGAGAAGGAUCAGGACCCCCGCCUCAUCCCGGUCCCUGCCAACAGCUACUUUGGGUUGCUCUUUGUGACCAACAUUGAUAGCUCAGACCCUGACCAGCUGGUGUAUAGAACUUUGGACCCUGCUGACCGUCUUCCAGGACCAGUCGGAGACUUGGCCCUGAAUAGCUACUUAGGUUUCUCCAUCGACUCGGGGAAGGGGCUGGUGCGUGCGGAGGAGCUGAGCUUUGUGGCGGGGGCGCCCCGAGCCAAUCACAAGGGUGCCGUGGUCAUUCUGCGCAAGGACAGUGCCAGCCGCUUGGUCCCCGAAGUUGUACUGUCUGGGGAGCGCCUGACCUCUGGCUUUGGCUACUCGCUGGCUGUGGCCGAUUUCAACAACGAUGGCUCUCCAGACCUGGUAGUAGGGGCCCCCUACUUCUUUGAACGCCAAGAAGAGCUGGGUGGUGCUGUGUAUGUCUACAUGAACCAGGGGGGUCACUGGGCUGACCUCGCCCCUCUCCGCCUCUUCGGCUCCCCGGACUCCAUGUUUGGGAUCAGUGUGACUGUCCUCGGGGACCUCAACCAGGAUGGCUUCCCAGAUCUCGCUGUCGGUGCUCCCUUCGAUGGGGCCGGGAAAGUCUUCAUCUACCACGGGAGCAGCCUGGGAGUGGUCCUCACACCUUCGCAGGUGCUGGAGGGCGAGGCCGUGGGCAUCAGGAGCUUUGGCUACUCCCUGUCUGGCGGCCUGGAUGUGGACGGGAACCACUACCCUGACCUGCUGGUGGGCUCCCUGGCCGACACUGCUGUCCUCUUUAGGGCCCGGCCUGUUCUCCAUGUCUCCCAUGAGGUCUUCAUUGCUCCUCGCACCAUCGAUCUAGAGCAGCCCAACUGUCCUGGGGGCCACUCAGUCUGCGUGGACCUCCGGGUGUGUUUCAGCUACAUUGCAGCCCCCAGCAGCUACAGCCCUAUCGUGGCUCUGGACUACAUGAUAGAUGGAGACACCGACCGGAGGCUCCGGGGCCAGGUCCCCCGGGUGACCUUCCUGAGUCGGAGUCCAGAUGACCCCAAACACCAGGCCUCCGGCACUGUAUGGCUGAAGCACCAGCAUGAUCGAGUCUGUGGCGACACCAUAUUCCAGCUACAGGAGAACGUCAAAGACAAACUUCGCGCCAUUGUGGUGACCGUGUCCUAUAGCCUCCAACUCCCUCGGCUCCGACGACAGGCUCCUGGCCGAGAGCUGCCUCCUUUGGCCCCCAUCCUCAAUGCCCACCAGCCCAGCAUCCAGCGGGCAGAGAUCCACUUUCUGAAGCAAGGCUGCGGUGAAGACAAGAUCUGCCAGAGCAACCUGCAGCUCGUCCACGCCCACUUCUGUGCCCGGGUCAGCGACACAGAGUUCCAGCCUCUGCCCAUGGAUGCAGAUGGGAAGACAGCCCUGUUUGCGCUGAGUGGGCAGCCAUUCGUCGGCCUGGAGCUGAAAGUCACCAACCUGCCCUCGGACCCAGCCCAGCCCCAGGCUGAUGGGGACGAUGCCCAUGAGGCUCAGCUCCUGGUCACUCUCCCUGCCUCUCUGCACUAUUCAGGAGUCCGGGCCUUGGACCCUGCCGAGAAGCCGCUUUGCCUGUCCAAGGAGAAUGUCUCCCACGUGGAGUGUGAGCUGGGGAACCCCAUGAAGAGAGGCGCCCAGAUCACCUUCUACCUCAUCCUUAGCACCUCAGGGAUCACCAUUGAGACCACAGAGCUGGAAGUGGAGCUGCUGUUGGCCACGAUCAGUGAGCAGGUGCUUCAUCCAGUCUCUGCUUGGGCCCGGGUCUUCAUUGAACUGCCGCUGUCCAUUGCUGGGGAGGCCAUCCCCCAGCAGCUUUUCUUCUCCGGUGUGGUGAGGGGAGAGAGUGCCAUGAGUUCUGAGCGGGAUGUGGGCAGCAAGGUCGAGUAUAAAGUCACGUUCUCCAACCAAGGCCAAUCCCUCAACACCCUGGGGUCUGCCUUCCUCAACAUCAUGUGGCCCCACGAGAUUGCCAACGGAAAGUGGCUGCUGUACCCAAUGCGAGUGGAGCUGGAAGGGCCUGGGCAGAAGGGGCUCUGUUCCCCGAGGCCCAACAUCCUCCACCUGGAUGUGGACAACAGGGACAGGAGGCGGCGGGAGCUGGAGCAGCCAGAGCAGCAGGAGCCGCAGGAACAGCCUGAGCCGAGCACAUCCUGGUGGCCAGUGGCCACUGCUGAGAAGAAGAAGAAUAUCACCCUGGACUGUGCCCGGGGCACGGCUAACUGUGUGCUCUUCAGCUGCCCGCUCUACAGCUUUGACCGCUCAGCCGUACUGCACGUCUGGGGCCGCCUCUGGAACAGCACCUUCCUGGAGGAAUACUCAGCUGUGAAAUCCCUGGAAGUGAUUGUCAGAGCCAACAUCACGGUCAAGUCCUCCAUCAAGAACUUGCUGCUCAGAGACGCGUCCACAGUGAUCCCAGUGAUGGUCUAUUUGGACCCAGUGGCUGUGGUGGCAGAAGGAGUGCCUUGGUGGGUCAUCCUCCUGGCUGUGCUGGCUGGGCUCUUCGUGCUGGCCUUGCUGGUGCUGCUGAUGUGGAAGAUGGGAUUUUUCAAGCGGGCACGGUACCCCGAAGCCACAGUGCCCCAGUACCAUGCCGUGAAGAUCCCACGGGAAGACCGGCAGCAGUUCAAGGAAGAGAAGACAGGCACCAUCCUUAGGAACAACUGGGGCAGCCCUCGGCGGGAGGGUCCCGAUGCACACCCCAUCCUGGCUGCAGAUGGGCACUCUGAGCAGGGCCCUGAUGGGCAUCCUGUGCCAGCUACGGCCUAACUUCCUCUGUCCCAUCCAUCCUGACCCGUGGGUCCCCUCUACCCCUUCCCUAGCGAUGGCUCCUUGGAUGAAGAGGGGAGAGUGGGUUGCUGGUGUCGCAUCAGGAAUUGGCAGGAUCUGCUUCCUCAGGGCUGUGGACCUCUCCCCAUCCCCACUAGGAUUUCCCCCACCCCCACCCCCACCUACCCCUGGAAUGCUAUGCUAUGAGAUGGGGUAAAUCAGGGAGGGGCCAUGGGGGAGAGUGAGAAGGGCAGGUAUGCCCUGAAUCAAAGGUGGGGAGGUGAGACCCUAACUCAUCUCUCUCCCAUUCACCUCGUCUAAUAGAACCCCGCAAGCCUGUUGCCCCCAAAGUGCCUUAGGGCUGGGGAGGAGGAUGUGUCGCUGACUCAGGGGCUCCUCCCAACCUACUUCCCCAUCUCUUUUGACCCGAGUUCGCUGCAUCAGUCCAGUGGGUUUUGCCUAUUUAUUAAAAAACAUUUGAGGACAAAA